UUGGUGCAUCUCUACUUGGAAUGUAUCCAUAAAUAUGGCAAUGUUUUGUUAAUAGAUAUUUACAUUUUUUUGAAUACAGCUUUUUAUUUUUAAUUUGUUUAUCAAAUUAAAUAAUUAUGGGAAAUUCACGGUCAUCGCGAAGUCCUUCAAAACGUCGUCACCAUAAAAGUAAGCAUAAAAAACAUGGGAGACAUCGCGAUGGGCGAAGAAAUAGUGUAGUUGAUAUGGAUCGGACUGAAGACCAAUCGCGAAGUAUUAAUGUGGUAAAUAAGAAAAACAAAUCGUAUGACUCCGUUAGUCAUAAUGAAUUUGAAAGAGAUGGCCGGGGAUCUAGCUAUUCAAAAUACAGGAAACAUUCGCAAGCGGUUAGUAGUUCUACUGACAGUCCAUUAUCAGAUGACUGUUACAAUAGUGAAAAAAACCGAAAGCGCCGCAAGAAAAUUGAAUCAGAUCGUGCAGAUGUUGUUAAGCAACGCCGACAGGAAGAGAAAGAGCAGCAGAUAAUUAAAGACGAAACCAGUAAGCGCAUUGAGCUACUGGUAAAAAAACGAGUAGAAGCUGAGUUAAUAAGGCGUAAGGAUGAAAUUGAAAAGGAGGUACUGCGCCGUGUAGAAGUAGCGAAAUCCGAAAUGGAGCUGGAGUUAAUGUACGAAUUGGAAAAGCAACGCGAACAGAUUCGUGAGGAAGCCCGACACCGUGAGGAAUUUGAGAAAAAGAAGCGAGAGGAGCUGGAAGGUAUAUUUGCGGAAAACAAUCGAAGAAUCGAAGAGGCUCAACGAAAAUUGGCAGAGGAACGUUUAGCUAUGAUUGAAGAGCAACGGCUAAUGGAAGAAAAACGUCAGCGAAUGCGCAAGGAAGAGGAAAAACGGGUCAAAGAAGAACAAAAAAUGAUACUAGGAAAAAAUAAUUCAAGACCGAAACUGUCUUUCUCGCUGAAACCUGGCAUUUCGUGAUUGUUUUAUUUUUAUUUUUUACGUAAGCUCUAACUUAUUAAAAUAGUAUAAAUAAAAUAAAAAUACUCAAUACAGAGUAAAAGCUGUACAAGAAUGUACAAGAAAAAAAUAUCAAAAGCAAAUAUAUUGGCUGCUUCAUAGGGAGUUUAACAUCAUAA